UCCAUUUUUUCCUCGAUCAAAUCUAUCCAUCAAAUCCCAUGACUAACUACGAUACCAAUCCCUUCGCUGAAGAAGAGGUUAAUCCUUUCGCCGAUGGAGUUCCUAAAGGAAAAGGUUCAGGGCGAUAUGGUGGAGGUGCAUUCUACACUACUAACCCGGGAAGUGCAAAGCUCUCACCCCUUCCUCAUGAGCCACAUGAUCGCGGGACAACUGUUGACAUUGCUCUUGAUUUGCCAAAGGACCUCAAAGCAAAGGAAAAGGAACUUCAAGCUAGAGAGGCUGAAUUGAAAAGAAGAGAACAGGAGCUAAAAAGAAAGGAAGAUGCUAUAGCGCGAGCUGGAAUAGUUAUUGAGGAAAAAAAUUGGCCACCUGUUUUCCCUCUCAUUCAUCAUGACAUUGCAAAGGAAAUACCGAUACAUCUUCAAGCGAUCCAAUAUGUUGCGUUUACAACAUGGUUGGGUUUGAUUUUUUGUCUGACAUUUAAUAUUGCGGCUGUUACAGUAGCUUGGCUCAAAGGAGAAGGACUGUCAAUUUGGUUUCUUUCUAUCAUAUACUUUAUUUCCGGUGUUCCUGCAUCCUAUGUGAUGUGGUAUCGUCCUCUUUAUCGUGCUACGAGGACGGACAGUGCUCUUAAGUUCGGCUGGUUUUUCAUAUGUUACUCGUUCCACGUUCUAUUUUGUGUUUUGGCUGCAGUUGCACCUCCACUUGUCUUCAAAGGAAAAUCUCUCACAGGUAUACUCCCUGCACUUGAGAUCCUGACCUACAAUCCAAUGCUUGGGAUACUCUACCUUGUUGGAUGUGGUUUUUUCACCAUUGAAUCACUGCUGAGCAUAUGGGUUAUUCAGCAAGUAUACAUGUACUUCCGCGGCAGUGGGAAAGCUGCGCAAAUGAAACGGGAAGCUACAAUGGGGGCCAUGAUGCAUGCUCUAUGAGAAUAUGACAUACUGGGGUGAUAAAAUGUGGAAAGUGGCAUUUGCACCUUUGUUUCCCUCAGUUAUCAGUUCCUUGCACCUUUUGCUUUGGAUGUUAUUCCCUAGGUUUUUUUUUUGGCCUUGCAUUUGAGUCAAACUGGAAGAUUAAGAUAGAAUCUGUAGUUGUUCAUACAUAGGAUAUGUUUCCUUGAUGUAUAACUUGUUUUUCAUAGAAUAUUGUUCAUAUUAAUAUUGACAAUUACAGUUCUGAUUUUACAUGUUACAGCAGAAAUGUUGUCGACAGUAUGUAUC